AUGUAAGAAUCAUAAUCCUAAUCCGAUUUUAAAUUACCCUUCCUAGAAUAUCACAAUCAACAUCGAUUACCUAUUCGCAUGAACCCUAGUUAUAGAUUAAAACAUACUAAUCCUGUUAGAGUACAAUAUAUGAAGUUUAUGGAAAGGAGAAGUGUUGACCAAAUCAAAAAUGAAACAUAUUACCUUGAAAAAUUUGCUAAAUUUAAUAAAUACCCAUAUCAUGAAAGCAAUAAAUUGUAUAAAUCCUCUUUUUUAUAUUAGUGAAUCAAGAAAUCGAGAUAUUCUAACCAAAUAAUCAAAAGAAAAGAAACCGUCAAUUAAAUAUCAAAAACCCUCUCUUAAGUAUUUUAAUUUAGAUGAUUCUGACAAUAAUAUAGAACAAGUCUAAUCCUUUUUUCACAACAUUAAACCUCAAAAGGUUUUUAUUUCAUAAUGA